AUGAAAGCGCUUGACUCUUUAGCCAAGUCGCUCAACGUCGAUGAUAUAACGGAGCACAAAAACCUCCAAGCUCCGCUUAAAAUUCAUCGCUCGGCCUCUUUAUGCAAACGUGGUCGCGUGUUUGACUACGACUACCCAACAACGGAGGAUUUCGAACAGGCAACCAAAAAGGCCAUUGACGAAAAAGACCGUCUUCCCUACUCCGAGAAUACCAACCACCCAAGAACCCCAGCGACGGCAGCAAAUUCACCCUCAAAACCACAAACACCCUCCCCCUUCACGCUCCGGCACUGCCUCACCCACACCUCGGGCCUCGCCUACGACGCCACGUCGGACGAGCUCCACCCCGCCCGGCGCGACAGGCUCCCGUCCUCCGACCCGCGCGCCACCGCCAACCUCAUCCUCCCCAACCCCAUGGGACGUCGCGAUUGCAGUUCCACACGCCGCUGGUCUUCAGCCCAGGCGAGGCGGGGAGGCGGGUGCUACGGCACGGGACUACGGCGGCGCUGCUGCGCAACGACGGUGUCUUGGUGGGCUCCGGGGCUGUUCGCGGAGCUGUCUAGGCCGCAGCUUUUCCGGCGUGGAGGACCCGCGCUUGCAGGCUUGGCUGGCCGAGGGGCAGGAUCUCGUGUGCAGUGGGUUGAUCGCAUCGGCGGCACCGCGGGUUUCUACGGCAGCCGGACCUUUCCGGUCGGUGAUGAGCCAACCUUCAGGCUCUAUUCCAAGUUCCAAACGGGAGUGUCCGGCUUGGUGGGUGUGGCAUGA